AUGGCAUCUCAGAAUCAAGCGGCCCAGCAGGGCAAGAAGAAGAGCCUUAUCGUCAAUGCCUUUGUCAUGAUGUGUAGUGGUCAUCAAUCGCCAGGAUUAUGGAGACACCCCGAGGAUGAGUCUUGGAGGUUCAAAGACACUGAGCACUGGGUCGAAUUGGCCAAGUUGCUAGAAGACGCCAAGUUUCAUGGCAUCUUCAUUGCUGAUGUGUUGGGAGGUUACGAUGUGUACAAGAAGUCCUUGGAACCUGCUAUUAUCUCUGGAGCUCAAUGGCCUCUUACAGAACCACUGGCCGUCAUUCCUGCCAUGGCUGCUGCGACUAAGAAUAUUGGAUUUGGUGCCACUGUUUCUGUUACCUAUGAACAGCCAUAUCAUCUUGCUCGACGGUUGUCAACAGUUGAUCACCUCACCAAGGGCCGUCUAGGCUGGAACAUUGUCACUGGUUACCUGGACUCAGCUGCUCGCAACCUUGGUCAUCCAGUUCAACUCGCCCACGAUGAACGCUAUGCCCAGGCCGAAGAAUACAUGGAAGUCAUGUACAAGCUCUUCAACUCAUCCUGGCGUGACGACGCUGUCAAGCUAGACCGUGAGCGAGGUAUCUACACGGACCCCGCCCUUGUUCGUCAAAUUGAUCAUAACGGUAAAUACUUCAACGUUCCCGGUCCUCACGUCGUGGACCCCAGCCCGCAGCGAACACCACUUCUUCUUCAAGCAGGAGCCAGCAAGCCAGUUUGUAAGAAGAACAUUGCGGAGAUUCGACAGGUUGCGAAGGAACAGUUUGGCCGAGACCCAAACAAUAUCAAGGUCCUCGCUCUUGUCACACCUAUUCUUGGUAGGACUGAGGAGGAAGCUCGGGCUAAGUAUGAUGAAGCGAGGAAGUAUGCUUCGACUGAAGGUGCUUUGUCACUGUUCGGUGGAUGGACGGGUAUGGACUUGAACCAAUACGGCGAUGAUGAGGAACUUCGACAGGUUGAAAGUAACGCUGUUCGAUCAACUGUAGAAGGUUAUGCCAAGUUCUCGCCCGCAAACUCAAAGUGGACGAAGCAUACUGUCGCCGAGCAUGUCAGCCUUGGAGGCAACGGGCCUCUGUUUGUCGGCACACCAUCUCAGGUAGCUGAUAGCCUGCAAGUAUGGAUUGAUGAGGCAGAUGUCGAUGGAUUCAACUUUGGAUAUGUCCUGUUCCCCGGUACCUUCAAAGAUAUCAUCGAACUUCUACUCCCAGAACUUCGAUCAAGGGGCCUCUUUUGGGACGAUUACGCGGUGCCUGGCGGUAGCUACCGAGAGAACUUCUAUGGCCUUCCUGGACAGAAGUAUCCUCUCGAGGAGCAUGCUGCUUCCAAGUAUAGGUGGACUGCCGGCGUGCCUGCAAGUGAACACAAGAUUCCGCAGUAG